AUAAAACAUUGUUAUUGCGUGAUUUUCGACAAAAAAAGGGGUGUUGGUUGCAAUUGAUGAGAUUCUCUUUUUAUUUAAAUACGGGAUUAAUUACCCGUAAAAAUUUCUCUUUAAUUAAAAAUGUUCAUUUUUGUUUUUGAUAUAAAAACGAUUGUCUUGUUGUUGUUCAAACAUCUCAAUACGUUUUUUUUUUUUUGAUUUCUGUGCAUCGUGCAAAAAUUCUUAUCGUGUUUGUUUUGGCAACUGUUUUUUAUGUGUGUGUGUGUGUUUCUUGAAUAUCGAAAAAAAAUGUUGCGUUUCCCGUUGUUCAUUACCAUUUCAUCAUUGGCAAUCGUAUUGGUUCAUGGUGGUCAGAGUAAAGGUGGUGAUACAAUCAUUAUUGGUGGCGGCGGUGGUGGUGGUGGUGAUGAUCAUGAGACCAAAAUGAUUCCAAUACCAAUUAUGAUGCCACAACCAAAAACUUAUCAUCAUUCGUAUACGAAAAUUAUUCCAAUACAUAUUCCGGCGCAUCAACCACAUGUUUUCAACGUCUAUGGUGGUCAUGGCGGGUACGGUGGCCACGUUGAUCAUCAAAACUAUGAUUAUUAUGGCGGCGGAUAUGGUGGUGGCGGAUAUGGUGGUGGCGGACAUUAUGGUGGUGGAUAUGGUGGUGGCGGACAUGAUAGUGGUUAUUCUGGUGGAUAUGGUGGUGGAUCUGGAGGAAUGGGUGGCCAUUAUAGUAGCUCCGGUUAUGGAUCUUAUAGUAGCCAUAUGAAUCAUGGUGGUGGCGAUGAUGGCUACGGUGGUGGAUCAUACAAAUAAAUGAAAAAAAAACAUUUGAACAUUUUCAAUUGGAAUGUUUCCUUUAUUGAAAUAUAAUCGUAAAAUGUCGUAUAUUUUUUAUUCAUUUUAAAAUGAAGUGAAAUUUUCAUUAUAUCAU